AAAUGACAUCAUGAAGGAUUUGUCCCUGUCAUUGCUGAGUCGGGGGUGUGGUCGAUUUGUCUCAACAGGGCGAUAUGACGGACGGCUGGACGUUUUCCUCACACCUCAGGAUUACUACAUCUGGAAGUCACAGGUCUCUUUCUUGCAAGUGUCCAACAGAGGUCAUCUGCAUGUGGAGGCAGUGUCAACCCUUCCAAAGACUUACAGCACUCGUAGGGGGCCACUAUUACUGUACUCCCAGGACUUGGUUGCUUUAGAAACCAGUUGUCAAUUGGGGACCAGAGACAGGAAGCGGCGAGUUGUCCGGCGGUAUACUCGCCGAGUGGAACAGGAUCUCAGCACCGUCAAAGAACUAACAGCAGCCAUUUUGAGCUACAGCAACAAUCAGUUCACCUCCUCAAGACUCGGUCCACCCUUUUUUCCUCCUCUUCAUCUCCCUCCUGUACCAGACCUUCAUCGUCCCAGUCCUCCCCCCAUUCACAUCACACAGGAGCAAUCCAGUCAAGAGCUGCUUUUACAGUUGAACCCUGAGUGGCUUCCUGCAGAGCCAAACACCGAGCAAGAUAAGAAUCAACCUGAAGAUGAAGAGGAGGAGCAGAGGAAGCAGAAGAGAGUCAGGCAGGAUGUAUUCCUCCAGGUACCCUGUACAUCCAGGGCUCCAUCCCCACAGAUACAACAUCAGCCCUGUGCACACUCUGAUUCAAUGAUAUCGGAUGAAGAACUUCAGACUUAUUAUGACGUGAGUCAGCAGCAUACUGAAGGUUCACAUCAAACUGAUGUAAACCAGCAAAGUCUGGGUGGAGAGCUGCAUCAUCCAAACAUGAUCUGUGUACCUGACAUGGCAGAUGAUCAGAGCUGUUCCAGUCAAGACAGUGAGACGACCAGUGAUAAUGACAACUAUGAAAAAUCACUGAAUGCCAAAAGACAUGGCCUCCUUCCUCCUCUGACUCAGAGACAUUCCGUCUGUCAUGGACCCUGCUGGGAAAGGACAGGCAGGCCACAACUGAAGGGCCCCAGCAGCGAUGAACACCAUGAACAGCCCCUCCCACCCAUAGCAGAGAGUUGUGCUGUUGACCCCAGCUGGGCGGUCCAGGCUCAGGUGCAGACUGAUGCCCGACCAAGUGCGGAAACAUUUGGGUGUAAAUCCCAAGAAAACCCAAAUCGACUCCAUCAUCAGCUUCUGUUUCCUCCUCUGCUGUUUCCCGGGAAGGAGGAGGAAAUUAAUGGAAAGCAAAGAGGAAGAGGAGAAAAAACAGAGAGACAGAACUUUAAAACAGAACCAGAAGUGCAAGGAGGAGCAGGAGGAGGAAGGCUACCCUCCGAGAAAGGCUCUGUGAUACUGCUGGAGCCAAGAGAAGAGCCUCCUCCUCCAGUGGGCGUGUCGGGCUGUGUUGCAGGGUGGAGAGGCCUGGGCAAGCAGAGCUCUUUGGCCUUCUUACAGAACCCACUACAUGACCUCCAGGAUCCAUGCGAGGCUAACAGAGGUGUGGUCAGGGGCAUUCUUCCUCUGGAGCUGAGAGAUUUGCAGAACGGUAAAUCUGUUGGCUGUCUGAUCCUGGGUCCUGAUGGGGAGAUCAUUCAACUGUCGUUGUACAACAGCAGCCAUAACCCACCUCAGGGUGCCUGCAACACACAGGAGCAAGCUCUUCAGGUUUUGUCUGCAGAUGGAGAGACGUUACCCUGGGUCAUUGUCCUGCAGUCUGAACAUACACAUGCAGAGUGUGCAGAGAGAGGGGUGGAGUUAAACACAAACGUUCCUGAGGGUGACAUCCAGCAACACCAGUACAAGCUCAUCGAUCUUCACAGUGACACGAACGCUUACACACCCAGCGGACACACAGAUCCAGUGGCUGUGACCCAGGAAAAAAUAAAGAGUGCAGAGGCGGUGACAGAAACAAGGAAGGCGCCAAAAAAGGAUGCUAAAAACCAUGUUAGGCUGCCUCCACUGAGGGAGCCAAGAGGAGGCCACACCGAGGCAGAGGAGGAUGACAAACAGGAAGAGUGGGGAGGUACACAACAGUCCAGCCAUUUGUCUGGAUCACGUCAGCCAAGUUUGUCCAGAGAGAAGCUGCAGGUAAAAGAUGACACAUCAUGCAGCGAGCAGAACAUCAACUCACAGGAAGCAACAACGGAGGACACUGUGGACCAAAAGAGGAGGAACACAAAGAGGAGAGACACUCAAAGGGAUGUGAAACCAGUGAGAAGUACAGACACAGAGGGACAGAAGACAUCAAGGACGAGGAAGGAAGGAAGACGGCAGAGACAUAAGAGAGAGAGUGAUGCUGCUCAAUCGACCAGGAGCCAGAAACAGGAGGAGAAGACUAACCGAGAAGCUGCAGAGACUAAGAAGCAGUCUGUCCUCCCGCCUGAGAAGAAGAAGACAACACACAGGCAGGAAGAGAUGGAAGCGAAGGUGAAUGGGGAGAAGGGAGAGCAAGGAGAGGUGACGAGGCAGAAAGAAGACUCUGAUGGGAGGAGGAGGAGGAGAGGAAGGCUGAAACACAAAGAGUUUGUUACUGAUAAUGAUGGGAAAGAGGAGCUGGAGAUGAACAAGGAAAUGGAAGAGGGGUCUCGCCUGAAAUAUACCAAACGGUCCUCUGCAACCCAGAGAAACAACAACGAGACCGAAACUAAAUCUAAAUCUCCAAAUCCAGAGGAGGACACAGACAGGGACCGUCUUUCCAGCAGUGUUGACAGACACAGCAGUGUCCAGUCAGUGAGCUCGCUCAGAUCCACUGCUGCUGCAUCUCAGUUCACCCACAGGAGCCGGAGGAGGUCUGCUUCCUCUUCCUGUGAGGGGGCAGUGCCCACCAGCGCCACGGGACUCGCUUUAUCACGUGGACGCCUGUCGUCAUGUUCAACUGUCAUGGUAACAGAGGAACAGCUGAUGCUGAACACAGUAAAGCCAGAGUCAUCCAGGCCCAGAAAGAGUGAGGAGGAGGAGGCUGCGGUUCUGCGUCUGGCCCAGCGUGCAGAGAGACGGAGGCUAGAGGUGGAGAGGAAGAGGAGGGAGCAGGAGGAAGAGGAGAGGAAGCAGCAGGAGAGGGAGCAGACUGAGGAGAGGAUGAAGAGCGAGCUGGCGGAGGAGAGGAGAAAAAAAGCUGAGGAACUCAGGUCCUACUUUUUUAUUAAAGUUGAAGUCUCUGAACUAGAACUUCUGCGCCUGGAAGAGCAGAGGAGGCAGGAGGAGGAGAGCAAGAAGCUCCAGGAGAUGGAUGAGAUUGAGAGGACGGAGUACCUCCGCAGGAAGGAGCAGGAGGAGGAGGACAGAAGGAACAAGGAAGAGGAGCGUAGAAGAACAGAAGAAGAGGCCGCCUUUCAGGCCGCAGAGGAGGACAGGCUGCACGCCGAGCUGCUGGCCAGACAGAUGGCACUCUUGCAGCAGCAGUUAGCCUUUAAAAGGGGUCUCACGUUGGAGGCUGAAGGUCUGGAAAAAAGCCAGGGUAUCUCCAGACCGUGGAUCUACUCUUACUUCUCUCUGUUAGAGCUACUGGGUCUGAGCUCAGCUACAGCUGGGACCACAACCCCCUGACCUGAGUAUGAAAAGAACUGUGUUUGAUGAAAUUAAAUCAUUAUUAACCCAAAUGGAACACACUGGUGAUGAUGAUGAUGAUGAUGAUGAUGAUGAUGAUGAUGAUGAUGAUGAUGAUGAUGAUGAUGAUUAUGGUGGGAGAAGAGCAUCUCCAGUUUUCAAUUAUGCAAGAGGAUAUGUUAAGUUUUUGUUUAGUUUUAUACGUUUCAGUAUUAGUAUUAAUAUAGGGGCAUUUGACAAGAUUUGACAAGAUCAGAAUAUUAUUACAACACAAACACAAUUUGUGAAGGCAGUUGACUCACAAUCAUGCACACAUCUCUAUAAACAUAUGCACCAA